AGAGAGAGAGAGAGAGAGAGAGAUCCGUAAAGUAAGCGACGUCAACAUUGAACACACAAACGGACAAACGCCAACGUCUCCCGCUGUAUCCGAUUUUCCACUUUCCACUCACUCCACCUCCACCUUUACACUGCCCUCCACUCUAACUCCACUAUAAUACUCUCUCUCUCUCUCUCUCUCUCUCUCUCUCUCUCUCUCUCUCAGCCACAGGAAUGGUUGCCCUUCAGUGUGAUGUCCACGUAUCUAAAAGCCUUCAGUGGCUGCGUGGGCGGGGUGAGCUGUGUGACGUGGUGAUGGUGGGCGGCAAUGGGCAGCACACAGCGGCGCACAGCUGUGUCUUGGCAGCGCACUCCACCGUCAUCGCCGCCGUGCUGCAGGGAAGGCUGGCGGCUCACAAGGACUGGUCUGUCAUGCGGCCCCUUGUCAUCACUGUAGGGGAUGUCACGCCUGCUGCUGCUGCUGCUGCUGCUACUGCUGGUGGUGGUGGUGCUGGUGAUACCACCACCACCACCACCACGACCACCACCACCACCACCACCACCACCACCAACAACAUUAUGGAAGUCCUCAUUGCAUUACUUUAUGGAGAGCAAGUUGACAUCCCCUCAGCUCUUCUCUCUUCCCUCCUCCACCAUGCACAGCUCCUCGGCCUCUCACACCACAUUUACUCCACUCUGCAGACCUCUGGUGGGGCGGGGCUACCUGUGGGGCUGGAGGGACACACAGCACUCCUAGACGAAAGCACACGCAAACCAGUGCUAGAAAAUGCAAGAACAGCCGUAGCAGGAGAAAAAAUGAGAAGGAUGUGUGUGGGUGUUUGCAGUGAUGGUGUGUGGCAGGGUGUGGCUGCGGUGGCUGGGGAGGAGAAGUGUGGUGUUGAAGUGACUUGUGGUGUGGCAGGAGGGGGUCAGUUUGAAGAUAGAGGUGUUGAAAUGACUGGUAAUUUUGAGGUGAGUGUCUGUGAUAAAGUUGGUGAUGCAGAGAGUAAGCCCUAUAAGAGAACUAGCCAUUUUGAAACGACCGCCAACUUCAGCGAGAAAGUCGGAAACCUUAGUUCGAGACUGUGCCACGAAAAAACCGCCACUUCGGAAACGAUUACAAAACUCCCCAGCAUUGAUGUCUUAUGCGACAACACAGACACUCGCAUUGACACAGACACCAUGCUGGAGCUGUCGUUGCUGUGUGAAGGCGUUGAACGAGAGAUCCCCACAGCACAGCCCUGGACACACACAGCGCAGCCAACCCAGACACAGCAUGACACAGAAACAGCGGAGAUUUUGGGUCUUGUCAUAACAGCAGGGGAGGAGAAACAGCAGGAAACACAGCAGAAGAGGCAGAAGGGAAGGAUAGUUGGCAAAGGGCUGCUGUGUGAAGUGUGUGGCAUGAGUUUCCAGCGCUGUGGUGAUCUGAUCAAACAUGUCCAGCAUUCACAGCAUUUCUCGCAGCAGUGUCCUCUGUGUUUCGUGCAGGUUCGCGAGGAGGAGGGUCAGAGGCUACACUUUGCCCAGCACAACCACAACCUUCCUUUCUUCUGUAUGUACUGUGACCUGCGCUUCAGAACCAGAGCUGCCCUCACCAUGCACGCCCCAAAGCACUCCACCACAAAGCCGUUCGUGUGCGGUGACUGUGGCCGAGGGUUUAAGUGGCGUCACGCUCUGCAGGCUCACUCGUACACACACAGCGCCACAAACCGCCUGCUGUGUGACAUCUGUGGGUUCUCCUCUAAGUAUGUGACCACUUUCAAGGCACACCUUCUGCAGCAUUCUGGCUCCUCCUUCCCUUGUCCUCACCCAGGCUGCUCCUUCUCCUCCUCCAGAAAAACACACUUGAAUGAUCAUUACGCCACACACUCAAAGCUACGGGUGCACCAGUGUGAGAUCUGCGGACACUCCUUCUCUCACGCCAAGAACAUGCGGAGACACAUGAAGCUGCACACUCCCUCGGCCAACCUCCUCCAGUGCUCCAGUGUGUCCAACCUCCAGUGCUCCUUCCAGACAACUCGCUUUGAUAAACUGCGCAGCCACCUCGCCAAGAAACACAGCAUUGAUCACCCCACUACUGCCACGUUUGCUGCAAAAAAACAGAUUUCGCUUCUCCUCGUGACGGGAUUUGGACACAAGCAGCAGGAGGGUCUAGUGGAUGGUCAGCCGGAUUUGUGUGUCGAGCAGAUGGAUGGUUCAGCUGUGACGGGUUUGGAUAGCAAGGUGUGUGAGGAUCGCGUCGUGAUGGUGGGUGAUGUUCCGCAGAAUGAUUUUUCGGUUUUGGUCGUUUCGCCGGAGAUCGUCGAACUUGCGGACAUUGAGGGGCUUGGGGACACACAUACGGACGCGCACACACACACACAGAUGCACACGGGUGGCGGAAAACAGGGAGAAACGGAGAAUGUAAGCGGCUUUCUGAGGCACAUCGAUUCACGACGGAUUUUCUCAAGAGAGAAGCAGUGUAUAGAUUCUCUUAAUAUUUUAGAGUUUAUGUUGGAUAAUGUUGCAAAUUAGAGAGAGAGAGAGAGAGAGAUUAAAGUACAAAGAAUGCAUGUGUGUAUGUAUGUGUGUGUGUGUGUAAUGCCUACCUCAAACGAGCUCUUUUGUAUAUCAACCCCUUCCCGACGGCAGGACAAACUACUGUGCUACUAAAUAAAAACUUGUCCAUA